AUGCCUGGCGUUGAAGCAAUAUUAUCAGACGAAGAUUUUAUAAUUGCAAAAGCAAAAGAUGCUCAGAAAUCUGACAUUUUUGCAGCAAAAGCAUGGAUGCUCACAGCGAAAACAUUAUUUCCGACGAAUUUUAAAAUUCAGUUUGAGGCAUAUUUGAUGGAGAAACAGUCUGGAAAUGUACAAGAAGCCGCAGAAUGUUUCAGUUCUUUAAUGCUUUCAAGACAAAAUAUGACUGCGCUUUUACCAGAAAUUUCUGCAAUCGCUAAUGCUCUUAGAUCAGCGGAAGGUAGCUUUUUGUGUCAGAUGUUUGAUCAUAUUUGUCCCGAUAUACAGUUAACAAUAUUGAAGACAAGUGUAGAAAACAGUGAUGAUACGACAGAGCAUUGUAAAUUACUUGUGUUAUUAUUAAAAAAGUUUCCACAACUAGGAGUGGAUAGUUUGGUUAAAACUUUAAUUAAUGCUGAGAAAUUUUUCUACGACAAUAGAUAUGCUAGGCUUCUAGUGGUAGAAACAUUGCCAUUGCUGAGUUCCUUGGAGUCACCAAGGUUGUUACAAAGAUUGCUAAUUAAAGCUAUUGAUUUUUAUAAUUCUUAUGUAUAUGAUCAAACUGAACAUGACAUAUCUGACCCAUGGCAAAGAUUGUAUGGAGUGUUGGAUUUAUUGGGAAGACAGCUUUGUUGGGACCCUUAUCUUGUUAAUUACAGCAAUAGCCUGAACAAAGAAGCAUAUUUUCAAAAAUUGUUGACAUUGAGGAACAGUGAAGAUUGUCGUCAACUAUUGUUCUGUGGAGUAACUUUUUUUCUAAGAUCCCUUUAUGAACAAAGAUUAUUAAAGGGAAAUCAUAUACUUGUAGAGGCUCUUUCGGACCCUGAUAUGCCGCAGUCAAAAAGAAGAAAAAGUGAUAUAGAAGUUACAGGUAUUUCAGCUCAUCAGUUUCAAGUAGCUGCAAAUUGUUGGGAGCUUCUACAUAACAAUGAAGUAAUAUCUCGAGAGUUUAAUAAAUUGGCUAAUCAGCUUCAAGCUAAGCCAUGGGCUGAAGGUUUUGCAGAUGAAUUAGCUCUGUACAGAGGUAGAUAUGAUGAAGCUUUACCAUCAACUACUUCUAACAAUAUGGUGUCAUGUUUGAUGAAAAUCUCAGUUUAUUUUAGUCAAAAGAAAUAUGCAGCCAGCAUUGAAAGUAUAUUGGCGGCUUUGCCACAGUUACCAAAUGUAGAGGGAAUGUUAGAGGCUGAAUUAAUUAUAGGUGGUAAACAGAGACAUUUACAUUUUUUACCUUUAACAAAAUUAGCUAUUAUGCAUUAUAUCUGCACAUUGUUAAUCAGAAUAUUGUUAAACACUGGAAGCAGUUCUGACCUCAUCUAUGGCCACAUCAUGGUUUUAAUGCAACUAGGUUGGCCACAGGAAGAGUCUAUUUUUAUUCACAUAUUGGAAUAUAUUAGACAGAAAGGAAUAUUUCACUAUCAUUUGUUUGCUUCAUAUAUUAUACACAUUGACAUACUUGAAGAGAUUUGCUUUAUGUGGAAUGAACAGGGGAAUAAUAUUGUGUUAGAUAUUUUACCUAAUUCACAGCAACAUGUAGGACAGAGAAGAAUAGGUACCCGUGGUGCUGAUAAAGGAGUGAAAGAGGAUUUUAAACAAGCAUUGAAAGCUCAGGUUACACGCAGCAAUGAAUCAACUUUAAAUUUAAUAAUACAAUUUAUUACUUCAGAGCGUUCCUUUUUUCUUCAAGUAGUAUAGUUGUAAUAAAGUCAAUGUUUCUGUCUUAA